AUGAGUAAAAGAUUGAAGCAAUUGAACUGGAAUUUAGAUGGAAGAACUGAGAUUCUUUUGAAACAACUUACUGCUUACAUUUUUCAUGCUUUGGGUUUUGAUAUUGACUUUAAUUUGCAACAAAUAAAAUAUGGUCCCUUCCUUUCAUCAAAAUUCAAUAAAGCUGAAGCUUAUCAAGAAUUACCUCCACCAUUUGUUAAAGAUCAAAAUAUAUUGGUUUUCAAUAAAAUCUUGAGUCUGUUGUCUUACACAAAAUUGUAUAAAGCCAAAUAUAAUAAUGGUGAUGGUGAUGACGUCGAUGAUGACACAUCAGUUUUCAAUGAUGAUAUUGAAAGAUUUAUACCUUUAAGAUCACAUUCGAGUUUCGAGAAAUAUGGUAAUAAUAUUGAUAUCGGUAAAGUGUUAUUUGCUAGUUUGAAGAAUAUUUAUGUUGACACAGUUUUACUUAGGUUCUUAAUAGUCAACAAAUAUAAUUUAGAUAAAGCUUUAACCAGUUACAUUGACAGUUUGAAUUGGAAAAGUAAGAAAUUUAAUGUUGAUAAGAUUUUGAAUGGUGGAGAUGAAAUAAUAUUCCGUAAAGAUAGAAGUUGUAAAAUGAUCGAUUUAUUGAAAUUAGGAUACAUUUAUUUCCGAGGAGUUGAUAAAAGUGAUCGAGUUGUUUUCAGAAUUGAAGUAAGAAGACAUUUCAGAUCAAAUUGUUCUGAUAAAGAUCUUGAAAGAAUUGUAAUAUUAUUGAUAGAAACCGGAAUCUUAUUCUUGAAAGAAUCUAAGAAAGCUACCAAAGCUACAAUGUUAUUUGAUAUGACAGGUUUCACUUUAGCUAAUGCUGAUUUACAUAUAGUCAAAUUUUUAGCUUACCAAUUCAAUAAUAAUUAUCCUGAAUUUUUAGGAAUGAUAAUCAUUCAUAAUGCUCCAAAAAUCUUCUAUGCUAUCUGGAAGAUUAUUAAAGGUUGGUUGGACCCAAUUUUGGUUGAAAAAGUAAGGUUCACUUACGAUGCUGAAUUGAAAGAACUCAUUGAUGAUAAAUAUAUCCCCAUUGAAUUAGGUGGUGAAGAUAAUUAUAAAGCCAAUUAUAUUGAACCUUCUAAGAAAUCAUCUUUGAAACCAAUUGACAAUAGGUUCAAAAAGUUAUAUCAUCAAAGAUGUACUUUGACCUUACAAUUCAUUGAAUCCACUAUAAGAUGGAUUAAAGCUGAAUCUCAACAUGAAUCUUAUAAUUAUUUGAUUCAGAGAUUGAAGUUACAACAGGCUUUGUGUAAAAACUAUAUUGAUCUCGAUCCCUACAUAAGAACAAGAGGUGUUUAUGACAGAAGUGAUGAGUUGAACUUAUCAUUUUAA